AAGCAAAAGUAAUUGAAUAAUUGCCUCAAUUAUUCUAUUCAAGUCUAUACAUUUUGAGAAGAGAAAAGAGGACUAUUUUGAUUAGCUGAAAAAUAGUUGUACUAAUUUCAAGCAAUCACUAAUCAUUCUUGUUUGCAAAUUACUCUCAACAUUCAACAGAUUUGAGAAAUGGAGAUUGGGUUAGCAGUUGGUGGUGCAUUUCUCUCCUCAGCUUUGAAUGUUCUGUUUGAUAGGCUUGCUCCUAACGGUGAUCUGCUCAACAUGUUUCGGCAGCAUACAGAUGAUGUUGAGCUCUUUGAGAAGCUGGGGGACAUUUUGCUUGGUCUUCAAAUUGUGCUAAGUGAUGCAGAGAAUAAGAAAGCAUCGAAUCAAUUUGUGAGCCAGUGGUUACAUAAGCUUCAGACUGCUGUGGACGCUGCUGAAAACUUGAUAGAACAAGUCCAUUAUGAAGCUUUGAGACUUAAAGUGGAAACAAGCAACCAGCAAGUAAGUGACCUUAACCUGUGCUUGAGUGAUGAUUUCUUUAUUAACAUAAAGAAAAAGUUGGAAGACACUAUUAAAAAACUGGAGGUGUUGGAAAAGCAAAUUGGUCGCCUUGGCUUAAAGGAGCAUUUUAUUUCGACCAAACAAGAAACUAGAACACCUUCAACUUCUUUGGUUGAUGAUUCUGGUAUCUUUGGAAGGAAGAAUGAAAUAGAGAAUUUGAUUGGCCGUUUGUUGUCUAUGGAUACAAAGGGAAAAAAUCUGGCUGUAGUUCCUAUUGUGGGAAUGGGCGGCCUGGGUAAGACAACACUUGCUAAAGCCGUUUACAAUGAUAAGAGAGUGCAGAAACAUUUUGGUUUGACAGCUUGGUUUUGUGUUUCUGAGGCAUAUGAUGCUUUCAGAAUAACAAAAGGUUUACUUCAAGAAAUUGACUCAACUGACUUGAAGGCUGAUGACAAUCUUAAUCAGCUACAAGUCAAAUUGAAGGAAAAGCUGAAUGGAAAAAGGUUUCUUGUUGUCCUUGAUGACGUGUGGAAUGAUAACUAUCCUGAGUGGGAUGACUUGAGAAAUCUUUUUUUACAAGGGGAUAUAGGAAGUAAGAUUAUUAUAACGACACGUAAAGAGAGUGUUGCCUUGAUGAUGGGUAGUGGGGCAAUCUACAUGGGAAUUCUGUCUAGUGAAGACUCUUGGGCUCUAUUCAAACGACAUUCAUUAGAGCACAAGGAUCCCAAGGAACAUCCAGAAUUUGAAGAGGUUGGAAAACAAAUUGCAGACAAGUGCAAAGGGUUGCCUUUAGCUCUAAAAGCACUUGCUGGUAUAUUACGCAGCAAAUCAGAGGUGGAUGAGUGGAGAUACAUUUUAAGAAGUGAAAUAUGGGAGCUUCCAAGUUGUUCAAAUGGUAUAUUACCAGCGCUUAUGUUGAGCUAUAAUGAUCUUCCUGCACAUUUAAAGCAAUGUUUUGCUUAUUGUGCAAUAUAUCCCAAAGAUUAUCAAUUUUGCAAAGACCAAGUUAUUCACCUGUGGAUUGCUAAUGGUCUUGUACAUCAGUUUCAUUCUGGUAACCAAUACUUUAUCGAGUUGAGAUCAAGAUCAUUGUUCGAAAUGGCCUCAAAGCCUUCUGAAAGAGACGUAGAGGGAUUCUUAAUGCAUGACCUUGUCAAUGAUUUGGCGCAAAUUGCAUCUUCAAAUCUUUGUAUAAGGUUGGAAGAAAACAAAGGAUCGCAUAUGUUGGAACAAUGUCGGCACAUGUCCUAUUCAAUAGGAAGAGAUGGUGAGUUUGAGAAAUUGAAAUCACUCUUUAAAUCAGAGCAUCUGAGGACAUUACUUCCAAUCGAUAUCCAGUUCCAUUACUCAAUACUAAGCAAGAGGGUGCAACAUAACAUACUGCCAACACUAAGAUCCUUAAGGGCAUUAUCAUUGUCAGGUUAUGCGAAUAAGGAGUUGCCAAAUGACUUGUUUAUCAAAUUAAAGCUCCUCAGAUUUUUGGACCUUUCUUGUACAUGGAUUACAAAGUUGCCGGAUUCCAUUUUUGUGUUGUAUAACUUAGAGACACUUCUCCUAUCAUCUUGUGCUGAUCUUGAGGAGCUACCGCUGCAGAUGGAGAAGUUGAUUAACUUGCGUCAUCUUGACAUAAGCAACACUCGGCGCUUGAAGAUGCCACUACAUCUGAGCAGGUUGAAAAGCCUCCAAGUGUUGGUGGGAGCCAAGUUUCUUGUAGGUGUUUGGAGAAUGGAAUAUUUGGGUGAAGCACAAAACUUAUAUGGAUCUCUAUCAGUUGAGAAGUUGGAAAAUGUGGUUGAUAGAAGGGAAGCUGUGAAGGCAAAGAUGAGGGAGAAGAAUCAUGUUGAGCAAUUAUCAUUGGAGUGGAGUGGAAGUAGUAUUGCCGACAAUUCACAAACAGAAAGAGACAUACUUGAUGAGCUACGCCCACAUAAAAACAUAAAAGAAGUCGAAAUCAGUGGAUAUAGAGGGACAAACUUUCCCAAUUGGGUAGCUGAUCCUUUGUUUCUUAAGCUGGUGAAAUUGUCUCUUAGAAACUGCAAGGACUGUUACUCCUUGCCAGCACUAGGACAACUCCCUUUUUUGAAAUUCCUUUCCGUUAUAGGGAUGUAUGGAAUAAUAGAGGUGACGGAAGAAUUCUAUGGUAGUUUGUCAUCCAAAAAGCCUUUUAACUCUCUUGUGGAGCUUAGAUUUGAAGAUAUGACGGAGUGGAAGCAAUGGCACGCACUAGGAAUUGGAGAGUUCCCUACACUUGAACACCUUUUAAUAGAAAAUUGCCCUGAGCUCAGUUUGGAGACACCCAUCCAACUUGAAGCAAUGAAGCAGAUUGAAGCAUUAUGUAUCAGUGGUUGUAACUCUGUUACCUCACUUCCUUUUAGCAUACUGCCAACUACCUUGAAGACAAUAGAGAUAUCUCGUUGCCCAAAAUUGAAAUUGGAGGCGCCAUUUUGUGAGAUGUUUGUGGAGGAAUUGAGAAUGAAUCAUUGUGGUUGUGUAGAUGAUAUAUCAGCUGAGUUUCUCCCAACAGCACGUGAAUUGAGUAUUGAGAAUUGCCACAACGUUACUAGGUUUUUGAUUCCUACUGCCACUGAAAUUCUCCGUAUUUGGAAUUGUGAGAAUGUUGAAAAACUCUCGAUGGCAUGUGGAGGAGCUGCCCAGAUGACGUCAUUGAGUAUUAAUGGCUGUAAGAAGCUCAAGUGUCUUCCAGAACGUAUGCAGGAACUCCUUCCAUCUCUCAAGGAACUGCGUCUGUCUGAUUGUCCAGAAAUAGAAGGAGAAUUGCCCUUCAAUUUACAAAAACUCUUUAUCAGAAAUUGCAAGAAACUGGUGAAUGGCCGAAAGGAGUGGCAUUUACAGAGACUCACAGAGUUAGUGAUGUAUCAUGAUGGGAGUGAUGAAGAUAUUGAACAUUGGGAGUUGCCUUGUUCUAUUCAGAGACUUACCAUAAAGAAUCUGAUAACAUUAAGCAGCCAACAUCUCAAAAGCCUCACCUCUCUUCAAUAUCUAGAUAUUCAGUCACAGGGCCAGCUUUCCUCCUUUUCUCACCUCACUUCGCUUCAAACUCUACAAAUCUGUAAUCUCCAAUCACUUUCAGAAUCAGCACUGCCCUCCUCCCUCUCUCACCUGGACAUCUCCAAUUGCCCUAAUCUCCAAUCACUUUCAGAAUCAGCACUGCCCUCCUCCCUCUCUCACCUGGACAUCUCCAAUUGCCCUAAUCUCCAAUCACUUUCAGAAUCAGCACUGCCCUCCUCCCUCUCUCACCUGGACAUCUCCAAUUGCCCUAAUCUCCAAUCACUUUCAGAAUCAGCACUGCCCUCCUCCCUCUCUCACCUGGACAUCUCCAAUUGCCCUAAUCUCCAAUCACUUUCAGAAUCAGCACUGCCCUCCUCCCUCUCUCACCUGGACAUCUCCAAUUGCCCUAAUCUCCAAUCACUUUCAGAAUCAGCACUGCCCUCCUCCCUCUCUCACCUGGACAUCUCCAAUUGCCCUAAUCUCCAAUCACUUUCAGAAUCAGCACUGCCCUCCUCCCUCUCUCACCUGGACAUCUCCAAUUGCCCUAAUCUCCAAUCACUUUCAGAAUCAGCACUGCCCUCCUCCCUCUCUCACCUGGACAUCUCCAAUUGCCCUAAUCUCCAAUCACUUUCAGAAUCAGCACUGCCCUCCUCCCUCUCUCACCUGGACAUCUCCAAUUGCCCUAAUCUCCAAUCACUUUCAGAAUCAGCACUGCCCUCCUCCCUCUCUCACCUGGACAUCUCCAAUUGCCCGAAUCUCCAAUCCCUUCCAUUAAAUGGGAUACCCUCUUCCCUCUCUAAACUAUCGAUUUCAGAAUGUCUAUUGCUCGAACCACUACUAGAAUUUGAAAAGGGGGAAUACUGGCCACAAAUUGCUCAUAUCCCCACCAUAGACAUCGAUUGGGAAUGCAUGUAAUGAUUAAAACAAAUGGCUCCCCAACUGAUAUGUGGAUUUUGAAGAGCGAGUACGACAAGUCUGGUACAUCAAUUGUCCGUAGGAAGUGUUUCUAAGUGAAUUUUCAGGUUUGUUGUUAUAGGCAAGUCUUUGAGAUGCGACUAUCAAAGAAGGGCGAUUACAAUCAGUGUACCGCUGAUAUUAUUUCAUGUUUCCAGUGCAAGCUUCUUUUGAAGAUUUAUAUGUGAUACAAUUUUUGUGUGUGGAAGACUAGAGAAGCUUUAAUCAAAUGAAGAAAAUUUCAAGGCAAGAAGAUUUAUGUCAAGAUUACAAGGCAUAGUAUGAUUCUACUAAAGUAUCGAAGCUUGAUGUAUUUUUUUCUUUUACUUAUUUGUCGAGAUUGGAAUUAUGGUAAGACCCCUCCAUUUAUGUAGUUAAAUAUCACUUCCAUUAAC